AAAGGAAGAAGAAAACAUUUCUUGCUCUGAAUUUUGCUCCGUAUCUGUUACUCGGCAAGAUUUAAUGGCUGACGUUGCGGAGAACGCCACCGUAACCGUUCCUGCCGCAGGGGUAGUCGAGAGCAAACCAGCGGCGGAGCAGCAGCCAAAGCGAUGGGCUGAUGAAGCAGACGAGGAGGCCCCGGAGGAACCUGGCGCGCCCUCCACAUCUGAAGAUAGAGUUGCUGCGGAGUUAAGUUUUGAAAACUUGGCGAUCGACGUGGAGAAGAAGACAAACAAGUUCCUUGAUGAACCCCAUGAUUCUCAUAUUAGAUCCGUUACAGCUGGUGAUACCCCAUAUACAUCAGCAAGUACAUUUGAGGAUUUAAAUCUCUCAGAAGAGUUGCUCAAGGGCUUGUAUGUGGAAAUGAAGUUUCAGAAACCUAGUAAGAUCCAAGCAAUUAGCUUGCCUAUGAUAUUGACCCCACCAUACAAGGAUUUGAUUGCUCAGGCACAUAAUGGUUCUGGCAAGACCACUUGUUUUGUUCUGGGGAUGUUGAGUCGUGCUGAUCCAAACUUGAAGGUUCCUCAGGCAAUCUGCCUUUGUCCAACAAGAGAGUUAGCAGUCCAGAAUUUAGCAGUUCUUCAGAAGAUGGGGAGGCACACUGGGAUAACUUCUGAAUGUGCUGUGCCACAGGAGAAUAGCUUGCCUAUUACAAAACGUGCUCCAAUUACAGCUCAGGUAGUUAUUGGUACUCCUGGAACUAUCAAGAGAUGGAUGUCUGCAAAGAAAUUGGGUGUAAGCUGUGUGAAGAUUCUUGUGUUUGAUGAGGCUGAUCACAUGCUAGCUGAGAGUGGCUUUAAAGAUGACUCCUUGAGGAUAAUGAGGGACAUUGAAAGGGUCAGUUCUCAUUGCCAGGUUCUGCUGUUCUCUGCCACAUUUAAUGAGACUGUCAGGAAUUUUGUACAAAAGAUAGUGAAAAAUGAUUACAACCAGCUUUUUGUAAGGAAGGAAGAACUAAAAUUAGAGUCAGUGAAGCAGUACAAGGUUAAUGUUCCUGAUGAACUCUCCAAGGUUAUGGUGAUUAAAGAGAGAAUUUUGGAAUUUGGAGAAAGUCUGGGGCAGACAAUAAUAUUUGUACGCACGAGGAAUAGCGUGAGUGUGUUGCACGAUUCCCUUGUUAAACUUGGUUAUGAAGUUGGUCAAAUUGUAGGCUCUAUGAGUCCAGAAGUCCGUGAGAAUAUAAUCAAAGAGUUCAGAGAUGGUUUGACAACAGUUCUUAUAGCUACCGAUGUUCUAGCCUGGGGUUUUGACCAGCAACAGGUUAAUUUGGUCAUCAGUUAUGAUCUCCCUGUGAAACAUGACAGACCCACUGAACCUGAUUGUGAGGUGUAUUUGCAUAGAGUUGGUAGGGCUGGGCGGUUUGGCCGGAAAGGAGCUGUGUUUAACUUGCUCUGUGGCGAGAGGGACCAGGGGAUCAUGGAAAAAAUUGAGAAUCAUUUCGGCGCCACAGUAUCAGAGUUGCAGGAUUGGAAAAGUGAAGAGGAUUUCAAGGCUGCUCUCAAGGCAGCAGGUCUUGUGUAAUCGCAAAACUACACCCAUUGAUUUUGGCAAAAAGAGAACCACACUAUCCUAGCAGAUGAUCAUCAAAUCAAGGCUUGAAGAACCGGCUUAGAGAUUCUUGUGCUUUGUCAUGUUGCUUUCUCCUGGCAUUAGUUGUAAAUUUUGACUGAUCCGAUUGAAAAUCGAUGCCUUGUUAUUACAAACUGCAUCAUGUUCAGUUGCGUAUGUUUCAUCAUCACCUAAAUAUUUGAGUGGUCAACUUCGGUUUUUCAUUUUGUUCCAUACGUAUGGAGAAAUAAGGUGUUUUUUCAUUUUUGGGGGUAAAAUGUAAAUAUAUCGAUAAAUAAGGCACCUGCAUGGAGUUGGGCUGGGGGUGAUUAUUGGUCAAAUCUGUAAAUUAUUUUUUAAAAAGUGUCACAUUGAAAUAAAUUAUUACUUAAAAA